UGACUCGCGCGGUGUUCCCGUCAAACCGGCGUCUACAUGGCGGAGUUAAUGCCUAUUUUCGUCAAUUAGAAGUAAAGAAAAAAUAGAAAUACAUUAACUUCCCCUUUAAUUUGGCAGCUGUUGGAGCUGGCAGGGCGAGGGGGGGGAGAUGGCACUGCGUUGGACGCGGUCCGCCUGUGCGUGUGAGCGUGUCCUCCUCGGUGGUCUAUUAAGGUUUUAAUUAGCGGAUAAGAUGGCCAUUGUUGACGUUUAAGACUGGGAGAGACCGAACUGCACCGCCCCGGCAUGGAAAAGCACGCCUGGUUUGAAGACCUCUGAUCCUAUCGGCUCCUCAGCCAGCAAGGCGACAGUCGGCGAGCAUCCAGGCUCCCCUAGGAAGGAGAGACCGUUCUGCGAGGACAAGAAGAGGAGCUUCCACUUGCGCUGCUUCCCAGUCACCAUGUCUAUACCCAGCAUCAGCCCAGAGCGAGAGGGCUCCGGCGGGGUUCCUUCACACCUCGAGUGUCCCUCCUCUCCUCCGGCUUUGGAUCCAGACCCACUGUCGACGGGCAGCCCCGUCCUCAGCCCAGACUCCUCUUCCCAUGAUACAUUGCUGUCAGCAUCAGCCAUGUCACCGGCAGACUCGGAGAACCUCAGUCCAGAUGAACUGGAGCUGCUUGCCAAACUUGAGGAGCAGAACAGGUUACUGGAGGCUGACUCCAAGUCCAUGCGCUCCAUGACAGGCUCGCGGCGCAACAGCGGCUCUUCGCUGGUGUCGAGCUCAUCUGCCUCGUCCAAUCUCUCCCACCUGGAGGAGGACACCUGGAUCCUUUGGGGCCGCAUCGUCAACGAGUGGGAGGAAUGGAGACGCAAGAAGGACAAACUCCUCAAGGAGUUGAUUAGGAAGGGCAUUCCUCAUCACUUCCGUGCCAUCGUGUGGCAGCUGCUGGGCAACGCCACGGACAUGCCGGUGAAGAAUCAGUAUUCAGAGUUGCUGAAGAUGUCGUCCCCUUGCGAGAAGCUCAUCCGUCGGGACAUCGCACGCACCUACCCCGAGCACGAGUUCUUCAAAGGUCAGGACAGCCUGGGCCAGGAGGUCCUCUUUAACGUGAUGAAGGCGUACUCCCUUGUGGAUCGAGAGGUGGGCUACUGCCAAGGCAGCGCGUUUAUUGUUGGUCUCCUACUCAUGCAGAUGCCUGAAGAGGAGGCGUUUUGCGUCUUUGUGCGUCUGAUGCAGGAAUACCGUCUUAGAGAGCUUUUCAAGCCCAGUAUGGCCGAAUUGGGCCUCUGCAUCUACCAGUUUGAGUAUCUUCUGCAGGAGCAACUUCCAGAGCUUAACGUCCAUUUCCGGUCCCAGAGUUUUCAUACAUCCAUGUAUGCAUCAUCCUGGUUCCUCACCUUGUUCCUCACUUUCCUCCCUCUGCCUGUUGCCACACGUAUAUUUGACAUUUUUAUCGAUAUGACCUUUCUGCAGGGCCUGGAGAUCAUCUUCCGUGUAGGCAUGGCCAUCCUGCAGUACAACCAGACGGACCUCAUUCAGCUGGACAUGGAGGGCAUGUCGCAGCAUUUCCAGAAGGUGAUCCCCCACCAGUUUGACAGCUGCCCAGACAAGUUGAUCCUCAGGGCCUACCAGAUCAAAUACAACCCCAAGAGAAUGAAAAAGCUUGAGAAAGAGUAUACCACCAUCAAGAACAAAGAAAUGGAGGAACAAAUUGAGAUCAAGAGGCUGCGCACAGAAAAUCGACUGCUGAAACAGAGGAUUGAGACCCUAGAGAAGGAGAGUGCUGCUCUGGCAGACAGACUCAUACAGGGUCAGGUGACCAGGGCGCAGGAAGCGGAGGAGAACUACGUGAUCAAGCGCGAACUGGCGGUGGUGAGGCAACAGUACAACACAGCCAGCGAGAGCCUGGAGAAGGCGCAGGACACCAUUAGAGAUCUGCAGCAACAGAAGUACACAGAGCAGUUUGUGAACGGUCUGCAGACGCAACUGGAGCAGUCCAAGCUGCGUGAGGCUGAGCUGCAGGGAGCGCUAAAGGAAAUGCAAGACAAGGUGCUAGAUCUUGAAAAGAGGAGCAGCUGUUUACCUGAUGAAAACAACAUGGCAGCUAUGAAGGAGGAGAUGAAACAGAUGAAGCUGCGGGAGCUGGAGACGCUGCGCUCAUUUAGAGAGAUGCAGGACUCUGUCACCGAGCUCAAUCAGCGCUGGCAGCAUCACAUGUCCCGCGGCGGCGGCACUGGAGGCGGCAGCCACUGGAAGGAAUCCCCGAAGAAGAACGCCAUGAAUGAGCUGCAAGACAAGCUGAUGACCAUCCGACUGAGGGAGGCACAAGCCCAGGCUGAGCUCCGAGAGGUCAAACUGAAAGCUGUUCAACUGGAGAGCCAGAAUCAGAUCCACAGCAAAUUGAUCGGUCGCCUUGAGCAGGAGCGUUCCGCCCUUCAGGAUCGGCUCCAGAUGCUGUCUAAUCAGAACAAAGCUGUUCAGGCCCAGCUCAACGAGAUGAAACGGAAGCAGGCCGAAUGGGACUGCAAGAAUAAAGAGGAGGUGAUGGCGGUGCGACUGAGGGAAGCAGACAGCAUGGCUGCCAUUGCUGAGCUCCGGCAGAAGAUAGCAGAGCUUGAAAUACAGAAGGAAGCAGGGCUGAUCCAGGGCCAGCUGAACCACUCUGACUCCAGACAGUAUAUCAACCGGCUCAGGGACCAGAUCACUGAGCUCAAAAAUGAGAUCAGGCAAAUGCGCGGGCAAAAGGCGGGGGCGCCCAGCUCCAGGCUCACCACCGCAGGCGGCAACUACCAGGACCUCUGCCUGGCCAGCCCCGCCUCUGCUGAGGGGGACUACCUGAGUUCGGACGACGACCUCCUCCACAGCCCGCUCCCCGCCAACGCCCUUUACCCAGCCAUACCGGUUCAGUGUCACCCGUCCGCCCGCCUGGACAGUGAAGGCAGCACAGACAGCGAGGCAGAGGAGCAGAUAACCCCCGAGCCACAGCAGCUGUACGGCAGCAUGGUAUGUGCCGAGGCCAUGGAGAAUUGAGGCCUGCGGGAAGAGGACCUCAGAAACUGUCCUUUCUGGUACAUAUGUAACACAACACACAACAACAGGCUGAAACUGGAACUUCAGAACUGUUUGCUGCUCAACAUGGACCACUUGUCCUAAAUCUAUUGACUAUGACAAACAAAAAGCAGGGCCCUGCUAAAACUUUUUUUUCCCUGAUUCAGUCUCGGACAUCUUGAUACCCCAUCAUGAGAAAGGCGCACACCUGUCUCCCCUGCCUUCUCCAACGAGGUCUAUCAACCAUCCAUGGAGCCCUCACGUGCUAAAUGAAAGAGAGCAGUGGAUUAUCACCAAAUACAUCUUGUCCUCAUGACCAUUUCAACACACACGUGUGCAAACAUGAAAAAAAAACAGAAAAGUUGCCAAAUCUUUUGUUUUUGUAUUCUAAAGUAAUUUAUACGUUAUGUAAUUUAUUUUGAUAUUGUUUUUAAUAUGUCAGUAUGAAACCAUAGGACUGGCAGAGGCCUCCCCCCUCCCAAGCCCACCUUGUGUGCCAACCCGGAGCCGCCUGUUUACUGUGACGCUAGCUGAGAUGCUAACUGUGCUGCUAUGCUCAUUUGCAUACUGAGGUGUAACCGAUUACUACCGCGUGCCGUCCGUCACCCAGUGUGUGUGUUUGUGGUAAAAGAAACAAAGUGUGACAUUUUAUGCAAAACGUAAUAGCCCCACUAUACGCCAAUAACAAAACUAUAAUGUCCAAGAGUAUUGUACAUAUAAACAAACACCGUGGAGUGCAAAAACUAGAUGGGGGGAUAGAUACAUUAGCAAUGCAGUAUUAUGUUUUAAAGUAACAGUCGUCCCUCGCCAUAUCGCACUUCAAAAUAUAUUCAGGCAUGUUAUGGUUUUUUGUGUGUUUUUUUAAUUAAGCAUUUUCAAGCAUUACAUUUUCUAAAUGAGCUAAAAAUAUCAAUACUACAGUAGUACUGGCCAGUAGAUGAGACCAAUCUAAUCAGAGCAGGCUGUUCAGUAUCGUUGCCACUGAUUGGCUCAGCCUCAAGCAGCAUUAUAUUAGAAUCAUUUUGAGAUAUGAAUUUGAGCAUUUUAUGUCUAGGGCAGGGGUGUCAAACGUACGGCCCGAGGGCAGGAUCAGGCCCGCAAACAGGUUUUAUCCGGCCUGCGGGAUGAGUUUGCCAAGUAUAAAAAUUAACCUGAAAUUUUUGAAUGAAAGAAACUGCUGUUCUAAAUGUGUCCACUGGAUGUCGCAAUAGCAAUUAUUUUUAUCUUGUCGAUGAUGCUACAUAUGUACAAAAUAUACCACAUGUUAGUUAGUACAUCAGUCGAGGAAAAUGAUAAAUCUACAUAAAUAACAUACUGUAAUUUGAUUUUGAUAUGAUUUUUUUAUUUUUGAUAAAUUAAAAAUUAACACCAAUGAGUUGACUGAACAUUAUCACAUAAUUUAUUCAAAAAAUAUAAAUAACGACAAAUAAAGAUAGAAUACUAUUAACCGCAACAUGUAAGUGUAAAAAACCCAAAACAACACCAUUAUGAUUUGUACAAUUUCAGAAUGUGCUUGUUCUAUUUUAAAAACAAAGAAAACAAUCUGAAAUGUUCUUUAUUUUUAAGUUAUCGUGCCGUGAUUUUACCAGUCCGGCCCACUUGGGAGUAGAUUUUUCUCCAUGUGGCCCCCGAUCUAAAAUGAGUUUGACACCCCUGGUCUAGAGGGUUCACAUUAUGCUAAAGAACAUAUUUAGAAAGUUAACAGGUUUUUUUCAUGUUCCAGCUGUAAAAAUAUUUGAUAUACAGUAUUAUUAAUGAUUCCUACUAUCGUGUUAUCGCAUUUGUCCGGAGCCAAUUAACUACGGGAGACAACUAUAUGUAUUUUGGGGCUAAAUUAAGCAUUUUCAAGCAUAAAAAUGUCUGAAUGAACUAAGGAUAUCAAUACUACAGUAGUAACGGCCGCUAGAUGAUGACCAAACCAAUCAGAGCCUGCUUUUCAGUAUUGUGGCCACUGAUUGGCUCGGCCUCUGAGGGCAUUACUAUAUCGUAUUGUAUUGUAAAUAUUUAUUUCGGAAGAAAAAAAAACUCGAAACAAAACAACAAUGAUUAAUAAAUGGAAAAAAAUAAUAGAUUUUUCGAACAUGUUUACUGUUACUGUUACAGUUUUUAUUGGAUUAUAAUCUUGACUAUUUCAUGUUUAGAGGGCUCACAUAAUUUUAAUUAUAAUGUAUUUAGAAGGUCAUGAACAUUUUUAAUGCUCUAACUGGAAACAGUCAAUUCAAAAUUACACAUUCCUACUUUGAGGAAAUGAAUUUACCGCUUUAAGGCCCCGAACCAAUUAACAGCGAUAAUUGAGGAUUUACUGUAUUACAGUUUGCUGCAGAUGUUGAUGUAAUACAUGACAGUAAGACGUGACAGUGAUAUCAAAUGUUGGCAUUGUUUUCUAGGAAGGACUGAAAUGGAGCGCAGUACUUGGCUGCAACCAGCAGAGGUGCUGAAGAGUCAGUCCUAACUCGUUUGCUGUCUAAAGAAGGACACUAACUCUUCCACUAUUCUUGAAUCUCUGCAGCAGCAACAAAAACCAGAUCACAACGUGACACCAAAGUUAGACCCCAAGUCGGAUUGACUUGACAUUUUUCAUACAGCUAAACACAUCUUUUGGGGACUGAGCAAGAUUAGUUGAAAAUCAUGGCUGCCAUCAAGCAAAACGCUCUGUAAGUUAUUGACCAUUUGCCCAAUUAAUAUAAAAUUCUGAGGAUAUAUUUGACAUGUAUGCUGCUAAAAAUAACAGCACUUCUAAAUUGACUCAGCUUUUUUUGCACCCAUGCAGUUAAUUAUAAUUUAUUUCUGUGGUAACUAAAAUGUAACAGUUCAAGGGGCAACCGUUAACAUGUAUUUAUAUGUACUAGGCCAUUUUUCAACCAUUACAUAAUUAAACAUAGCUUUGCCAUCCUUUAUAACUCAAGUUUUAGUUAACAAUUAUAUGGUUCCUUGGAUAAACAGUGGCUAGUAUACAAAAACAGUUGUAUUAUUUUAUUAAAUAGUCAAAUUAACACUGUUAGUAGUGAUAACACAGUAUAUAAUAGUAGUUUGGGUCAUUAUAGUAAUCUUACAGUUAUUACAAAGCGUCAACAUAUUCUAGUCGUCAUAAGUGACUGGCGCCACACGGACUCAGGUAAGCUAAAGCUAGGCUACUGUUUUAGAAUAACGAUAAGGCAAGCAAACAUAUUUCCCCUCAAAAAUUGUCAAACUGUCCUUUUUUUGUGAGUCUUUCAAGUUCAUAAAUCCACAUUGUGUGAGCGUUGAGCUAACUAAACCCAAGUUGUGUCAGAGCGCACAAACGCUAAUGAUGCUAACUAACAGUAGCAGCAUUUUGGGUGACAUAUUAGACAUAUCAAAACAUCGGUAUAGUUCUUUAGAGGUUUUAGAAGAUGAUACACAACAUUCUAAAUUACCACUGAGUUUCUUUCCCAUCCGAUACCGAGUAAAAUUCAGGCUGUUAUCGGCAAUACAGAUCCGAUACUUCAAGCAAAUGUACCUAAUGUGUAGUGUAUAUAAAUUAUAUAUAAUAGCUAAAAAUGUUGUGUAUUCCAAAUAACAUAGCAUAAAUAAUACAGUUAUUGUUGCAUUUAUUUAAUAUAAUUGUUGUUAUUUCUGAUUAUAUACUUAUUUAUUUCAAAACCCGAAGAAUAUUGAGGGAGCAGCACAAAUAAUACAGCCAAGCUAAUACAACAGAAAAUACGAAUUCAUACAAAGUUACACGAAAAUGGUGAUGUCAAACAAUAACGUAAGGAAAUAAGUAUCAUGAUAAAAGCAUUAAAAUAUAUGAAUUAAUAAGAACAAUUAUUCAUUUUGAAUUAACGCACAUAUAAACCUAUUAGAUUAGUGGUAAGAGAUCAAAGUAAAAUGUGUGAGUUAA